AUGAAGCGCGUUCUUUAUCUAUGCCCAUAUAGCGACAGGAGCAAAGCACAGAAACUACUGGAUUGUCUAUCAGGUAAACUACAAAACUCAGCAGUGGUGAGAAAUAUCGCCGACAUCUUAGCAGAUGAACAUGAUUUAGGCUGGGAAAUUCGCAGGAGUGACUGUGUUGUGUUAAUCGCGUCACGCCUUGCGUCUUCUCUCAUCAAAGACAAGAAGCAAGAAAUCGAAGAUGAUUGUAUCACAUUUGACGGAAAAGUCAUACAUGAUGAGUUCACAGGAAACAAAGAAAUUAUGAACAAACUGAUUUUGGUUUUCUUCAUGGAAAGAACCGAGAAUGAUUGGGUUCCAAAUGGUCUCGAUCAAAGAAGAAUAUUCAACUUGCAAGGUGAAAAGAUUCAUGGAUGUAAUCCCGUCCUGGACCACCUUGAAUAUACCAUAAGAAGAGCAUUAGGAGAGACAAUGGUGGAUUGUGAAGGCAACAAAGCCCAGAAACUAUUGGAUUGUUUAGCUGGUAAACUACGAAACACAGCAGAAGUGAGAAAUAUCCUCGAUAUUUUAGCAGAGAAACAAGAUUUUACAUGGGCCGUUCGCAAUAGUGACUGUGUUGUGUUGAUCAGGUCACGCCUCGCUUCAUCCCUCAUUCAAAACGAGAAACAAGAAAUCGAAGAUUAUUGGGUCACCUUUGACGGAAAGGUGAUACAUGACGAGUUCACAAGAAACAAAGAACUUUUGGACAAACUGAUCACAGUUUUCUUCACAAAAAGAAACAAGAACGACUGGAUCCCAGAUGGCUUGGAUCAAAAAAGAAUAUUUGAUCUGCACAACGAAAAAAUUCACAAAGGUAAUCCUGCCGUAACCUACCUUGAAUAUAAGAGGAGUGCUUGGAGAGACAAUGGUGGAUUGGUCGCAGUGUUUGAGGGACACAAGAGUAACAUUCACUUUGUCCUCUCAUUUGGUUCAAAUUUGAUUUCUGUUGAUGAAGAAAGUACAGUGCGAAUAUGGGUUAUUGAAACAACAGAAUUGUACCUUGAGAUGAAGUUUAAUGCUGAAAACUUCCACAUCACUUGUUUGAUGCAUCCCAGUACAUAUCUAAAUAAGAUCAUAUUGUGCAGUAAGCAAGGCCAGAUGCAGCUGUGGAAUAUAAAAACAAACAAACUUAUAUAUACAUUUUCUGGAUGGUCAGAGCCUAUAACAGCUGUUGAACAAGCUCCUGCAGUUGAUGUGGUAGGUGUUGGCUUGCAGAGUGGAAAAAUAUUCCUGCAUAAUCUCAAAUUUGAUGAAACAGUUAUGAGUUUUCAUCAGGAGUGGGGUCCAGUCAUUGGUUUGACAUUCAGAACAGAUGGAAACCCUGUCAUGGCAUCUGCUAGCACAGAAGGCCACAUUGCAUUAUGGGACUUGGAAAAGCGCCGCCUCAGCAGCACAUUACGUGAUGCCCAUACAGGUUCUGUCUGUGGCAUAAGAUUUCUUUCCUCACAGCCUCUUUUGGCUACAAGUGGUCCUGAUAACUCUUUAAAGAUUUGGAUAUUUGAUCAACUAGAUGGGAGUGGUCGACUUUUGAGGUCUCGUUCAAGUCAUAGUGCUCCUCCAACAAAGAUUCGCUUCUAUGGAAAUAAUGGAUUUAACAUCCUCAGUGCAGGGCUGGAUAGAAGCUUGAGGUUUAUUUCUGUAAUAAAAGACGAACGAAGCUGUGAAUUUUCUCAAGGCUCGUUAACAAAGAAGUCCAAGAAUCGUGGAGUGCAUGUAGAAGAUUUGAAAUUAGCACCCGUCGUGGACUUCUCCUCUGAGAUUUCUCGCGAGAGUGCGUGGGACAACAUUGUCACUUGUCACCAGGGACAUAAAGAAGCCAGGACAUGGAGCUUUCAGAGAAAGUGCAUCGGAAAACAUCACCUGAAAUCGCGUGCUGGGGAAAAUGCAGGACCCAUCAUGACCACAGCUAAGAGUUCUUGUGGGAACUUUGCCAUCAUCGGAGACGCCCAUGGCUAUGUGAAUAUGUUUAACGUUCAGUCGGGAAUUCAUAGGGGAUCCCUUGGGGAACCAAAAGCGCACAAUGGUCAAGUGAGGGGCGUGGCUAUUGACAACAUCAAUCAACAAGUGAUGACUGCAGGAGCCGAUUGCAAGUUAAAGUUUUGGAAUUUUAAAGCUCGGAAUCUUCUUCAGAAAAUGACAUUUGAGUCACCAAUCACUCAGAUUUUACUACAUCGAGACAGUUCUUUGCUGGCCGUUGCUUUUGAAGACUUCGAAAUCCACGUUGUUGAUGUGGAUAUGAAAAGAGUUGUGAGAAUAUUUCAAGGUCAUACCAACAGAAUUACUGACAUGUCCUUUAGCCCAGACUGCCGUUGGUUGAUUACGUCGGCAAUGGACUCUAGCGUGAGAACCUGGAGUCUACCAGCUGCUAGGCUAAUAGACUGCUUUCUCGUGGAAUCACCUGUUACCAGUUUAGCAAUGUCACCAAUUGCAGACUUCCUCGUUACUACACAUGUGGACGACCUUGGAGUGUAUUUAUGGUGCAAUAAAACUUUGUACGAUGAAGUUUCAUUAGUUCCUCUUCCUGCCGAUUAUCAGCCGACUUUGGAACAGCUGCCUUGUACAGGAACAGAUGCAGACAAAGAAUUUGGCGACUUAAAGGAGACAACAACAAAAGGAGAAGGAGAUGCAUCUAGUGCUGCUGACACUACCGCUGGUUAUAAGAGCCCUGACCAGCUCUCUGAUGAACUUGUCACUUUGUCUCUUCUACCAAAAUCAAGAUGGCGGCAUCUCACGAGCUUGGAGCUAAUAAAGAAAAGGAAUAAACCACGGGAGCCACCCAAGGCGCCCAAAGCUGCUCCAUUCUUUCUGCCCACCACUCAGGAACUGGUGCCUAAAUUCCUUCAAACUGAAGAGGAUCAAACCGAUGAAAAGGAUGCCAACUCUAAAAUUCUGGACAUGAAACAGCUUGAACAAGAUUCGGAAUUUCAAAAGCUUUUAAAGGAGGGUUCGAGCUCUGGAAAUUAUGAACUUUUCCUUGUGCAUCUCAAGUCCAUGGGACCCUCCUCAAUCGAUGCAGAAACUCGAUCUCUUGGUCCGUCGGCGGGUGGAGACGUCAAACUUGUUGAAGCAUUCAUGUUGUUCUUAGAGCACCAGUUACAGUCCCGGCGAGACUUUGAGUUCACAGAAGGUAUCAUGGGUCUUUUUCUUAAGCUUCAUGGCCCAUUGAUUGCCGAGCAGCCCGAGCUGGGAGAGGUAACCACCCGUUUGCUUGAAGAACACAAAGCAGCAUGGUCAACCAUCCGGGACUUACUGAACCAGUGUUCGUGCCUUGUAAAUUACUUAAAAAGUGCAGUUAUAUGACUUUCAAAACGCAACAUCCAGCCGUCGGUGACUGCUAUGACACUGUGCCCAGCUGGAAGAAAUGAAGGUUUUUGUUGAUGAAAGUCACGAUGUUCACUCAAGGGGAGUCAUUUUUUCGCUAACACUCCGUUUCAUCUCCGUUUGACAAAAAUUGCAGACUGUGCAAUUACCACCGAAUGACAAUUAGCGAAGAUUUCGAACACAGUUUUGACUAACGGCAGCCGCUGUGCAUUGCAUGGGCUAACCAAGCGGCAAACCCGUUGAACUGUUUGCGCUAAAAUACCUUUGCUUCCAUUUUCAAUGAACCACCAUUUUGAUAUUUAUUCGUAAGAAACUUUAGAGAGUAUUAUGUUGGGGACCAGUCACCUGACGGGGGAUCGGAGGUUUUUUUAAGGGGGGGAUUAUGGUUUUCAGGUGGAACGAAGGGGGAGGGGAUCUGUUGUCGCUAACAUAGGGGGGACCAAAGAAAAUUGAAUGCCAAUAAGGGGGGAUCGUUGGAGUACUACAGAGCCUUGGGAAGGGAGGGGGUGUAUCAGGUAAAUUUUAUUGUGCCAUGACCCAAAUCUUCUGAACCCUUGCCCCUCCGGGGAUAAUUAAUGGCCAGACCCUUGCUAAUAAUUAAAUUUACAAAUGAAUGAAUAAACAUGCAAGAAUACUGAUAGAAAAGUUUCAUUAUGAGAACAAUAGGCGGUAAUUACUCUAAAUAGCUUAAGUAUCGCUGUUAUACUCCUUGCCCGGGAAAUAAAAGUUAUA